CAAUCACGCAACGUCGCAAACGGCGAGCAGUUUCCUUCGAAAAUCCACCCAGGAAAAAAUAAAAAAACAUACAGAAACCAUAUCCAGAGGAGGAGGAAGAAGAAGAUCGAUCAUGACGGGUCACAACGCGAUCGAGGUGGCGAAGACGGUGUUGGAGGUUGCUGACGUGGCGUGGACCGCCGUGGAGUGUUGCCAUCACCACCAUCACAGCCACGGUGACGACGAGAAGAGCGGCGAGAUCGCCGAUCCUCGAGAAUGGGAACUAGAGGCUCUCCGGUUGGAGAAUCGCCGUCUCAGGAGCUUGCUGGAAUCGAAUCUGAAGCUCUUCGAGAAUCUCGCUGAGACUGCUGUGUUAUUGCACGAGUGCCCGAGCGACCUAUUUGCCAGGCUUUUAUCGAUGGUGACUUCGAGGGAUUUCUCAGCUCGGCUAGAAGAAAUGAGGAAGGCUUUGGCUGAAGGAACUCAAAACCAGUUUCCAUUCAAACAGCCCACAGGAGACGAUAUGCAGACUGUCGAAGUUCUGAUAGAUAUGGAUCAUCAAGAGCCGAGUUGGUGGGUUCUGGUCACGGAUGACAUGAUCCCUAGCAAUGUGGAGGAGAAAAGCACAAUCGAUAACGAACAUUACAUUGUUGUAACAGAUGAGCAUGUGGUGGAAGCAGUUGCCCAUUUCUUGGCCAAAUGCAUUCUUUCAAACCCAAAAGCCAAGUAUCUUAAGCCCGAAGAGCUACAGAAGGUUCUGGUCAAAGAACUUAGUGCCCUGAGCAAGGUAGGGAGAAUAGUGGAUAUAUGGCAUGCAGGAAAGAUGUUCUACACACUCUCCACCUGGGGGCUGGCUUGUGCAGGGUUAUACCAAGCUCGUGGAGUAUUGAAGAUAGCAGCUAAGGGUGCUCAUGCCACCGGGAAGGUUGUGCUUAAGGCUCUCUGAAGCCAGAGAGGCCUCAUACCUCGGUUUCUUCUGAUCCUACCUUCAUAGGUUUGUGUUGUGAGCAAAAUGUUUAUUCCUUCAUCCCCAACUCUUCUCGUGUAAAUAUUGUGAAAAGUCUCUUUGAUCAAUUGGAUUUGUUGAUGUUUUCAGUCUU